AUGGUUUAUUCCUUAGACUGUUGGCAACGUACUCCUCAUAUACAGGCUGCGAUUGAACAACUACAGGAAAUAGCUUUAAACAAUGAGCAUCAAAUAAGUCUGUUAGACGCAUGCUGCAAAGCGAACGCUCAACGUAUUCGUGAUAAUGAGGCAUCAAUUGAUGAACUUUGUAAGUCAUGGAAAGUGCGGCAUUUUAUGAACAUUUUGAACUGA